UGACUAAACUUCAGACUGUCAUUCAGUCGACAGCGUGUACUGAAGCAGUCAGCAUGCACCAUCAGUCACGCAAUGACACGAAGGAAGAGCCAAGUAAUUGGAAUUCUGUAAGGGACGUACAGUACACGCUACAGCUGAGCAAGUGGCUGUUGAAGCCGAUCGGAGUUUGGCCGCUUGUUUCCGGUCGAAGCAGCAGACUGGAUUAUUUCGUCUCCGCGGUUCUAAUGGUCACGUGCUUCUCGAGUAUCUUCUUCAUCAUCGUACCGUCCGGCCACUAUGUCCUCUAUGUGAAUAAAAGCGUACAGAUGAAGUUGAAGCUGUUCGGACCUGUGGGUUUCUGUGUGUCCUCUGUAUUGAAAUACUGCUGUCUCAUUAUAAAAAGUACCCCCUUGAAACGGUGCAUCCAACACGUGGAGAAGGAUUGGAGAACGGUGCAGGACCCCAACCACCGGGGAAUUAUGUUAAAGUAUAUGACAAUGAGCAGGAAUUUAAUCACCAUCUGCGCCAGUUUCAUCUACACAGGUGGUAUGUCCUUUCAUACAGUUAUGCAGUUCUUGUCGAAAGAGGGUGUCAAAGAUAAUAGCACCUUUAGGCCACUCUCGUAUCCCGGCUACGAUUGGUUCCUCGAUGUGCAGUCGAGUCCUACCUAUGAAAUAGUGUUUUUUACUCACUGUUUCGCGGCUAUGAUUAUGUACACUGUUACGACGGCCGCGUACAGUUUCGCAGCGGUAUUCGUUACUCAUAUUUGCGGUCAAAUUCGGAUACAAAUAGUCAAAUUGGACGAGUUAGUUGAGAGAAUCGAAAUGAAAGACGAUGAUCUAUUGAAUACCAUUGUUCACGAUCAUGUGGAGAUUUUGAGAUUUGCGAAGACCACCGAGAAAGCUUUGCGCGAAUUAUGCUUCAUCCAAAUCGUGGAAUCCACGUUGAUUAUGUGCAUACUCGAGUACUACACUAUUAUGGGACGGAGGGAUGCAGUCGUACUGUUGACCUAUGCCACCUUGUUGAUUUCCUUCACUUAUAAUAUAUUUAUAUUUUGUUACAUAGGCGAGAUUCUCUCUGAGCAGUUUUACCUAAUUGGUACGACUACCUAUGAAAUCAAAUGGUACACUUUGCCAGCGAGGAAAGCUCACGAUCUUAUUCUACUGAACAUCAUAUCGCAGAAUCCUCCGAAACUUACUGCCGGAAAAAUAAUUCAGUUAUCCUUGGACACUUUCGGUAAUGUGGUGAAAACGUCGGUUGUUUAUUUAAAUUUAAUACUGACAAUUACGAAUUGAUCUUUUUUUCUAACACUAAAUGGAAAGUACGAAUGUAUCGUAUUAUAACUGCAGGAAUGUUACACUAACUUAACAAUAACAUUUCGUAAUGAAUGUAACAACAAAAUAUUUAUAUUAGCAAUAA